GGCAAUUUUCUGUUCCCCGGAGAUCGCAAACUAUACGAUGCAGGUGAGAAUGGUCUCUCGGUAGUCGCUCCGGCCUGCAUACGAACGAGUCCAUUCCUCCGCGCUCGAGCCAGGGCAAGUUGGAGAGCACCAUGAACAAGAAGGAUAAGUAGCGAAGCGACGGCCAGCGUCCUUUGCAACCUUCGCUCUUGAAACAGGACCAGCUCUCUCACGGACGCGCAAAGACAAGCCUCUUCCACCAUGCCUUCGGUCGACCUCAACCAGAUCCCCGCCUCCCCGCCUCCCGAUGGCGUGACGCCCAACUUUGUGAACCCACCGAACCAGAACUAUCAGAUCUACUCUAUCAAUAUUGCCCUCUGCCUUACAGGCACCGCCGUCUUGAUCCUCCGCUUGUACACCCGUGGUAAGCUCCAGAAGACCAUCGGAGUUGAUGAUUGGUUCUGUAUCUGGGCACAAGUGUGCGCGUGGUUGUUUGCCAUCUUGUGCAUGCUCAACAUCAGGAACGGAUAUGGGGUUCACAUUUGGGACUUAUACCUCAGUAAGAUCAAGCCUUUCAAGCAGUAUGAUCUUGCGGCAGAGGACAUCUUCGUUGUCGGGAUCUGGCUGGUCAAAACGUCCAUCUUGUUGUUCUACCUGCGCUUGAGUCCCGAAAAGCGGUUCCGGCAAAUGACAUACGGCAUCAUGGUCUUCGUUGCCUUGUACAAUAUCAUCAGUUUGCUGGUCUUUACCCUCGGCUGUAUACCGGUGCAGGCUAGUUGGGAUGUGACCCUAAUGCCGACAGCCAAAUGUGUUGACCAACUCUCCUUUGUCUACGCCAAUGCGGCUUUCAACCUGUUCUCCGAUCUUAUCACCUUGGCACUACCCAUUCGACUCUGCUGGUCUCUUCAGACUACUCUCAAACAGCGGGUGCUAUUGAUGGUAGUGCUGAUGAUGGGUUCCUUCGCGUGUGUGAUUGCAAUCGUCCGGAUUGUGACCAUGAUGCCAUUUGUCACUAGUAUGGAUCUUACCUGGUACAAGGUGACUUUAGCCAAGUGGGCCAUGGUGGAGAUCAACGUGGGUAUCAUCUGUUCGUGCCUGCCGGUGAUGCGGCCUCUACUCAUCCGGUUUUUCCCCACUGUUUUUGGCAGCCACGCCAGCAGUGGAGUCAGGCCCAUCCGCCCUGCCGAUGCCAAGGAUACUUUCGGUGCGGCGCGCAAGAAGGUUAUUCGCAACUGGGACUACCUCAGUACGAUCAAAGGAACCAACGCGGUUGAGACUACCCAGGAUGUUGAGAGUCUUCACGAGGAGACUAAGCAAGAGAAUGGCAAUUCCGAGCCGGCUAUCAUGAUGGCGACCGAGUAUUCGGUGACCUGCAAGCGGCGGUCGGAAUAAAUGAUCAAUUACAAUGGCUUUUCGUCUUGAAACUGUUGAAGUAGUUGUGAGGUGAAGGCGUCAAUAAUGUGUUCCGGGUUGCAGAGACCCGUAUUGGGAAAACAUGUUUGAACGGGGAUCUUAUCAUGGGGGGGGGCUGUAUCUGCUAUCUACUGUAAUAAUGUUAAGGGC